AUGAACCUACAGAAGUUAAUUUUAGUACGUAGCGGCAACAGAAGCGUUAUUUCGAAGCUUUUGGGCAAAAUCGAAGAAGCGAAGGAGAAAUCAGACAAAAUAGAAUUCAACGCUAUUCUGGAGGCCCUCGAAUCGAAGACAAAUACAUUAGAUGUACUCGAUGAGAAGAUUCUAUCUCAAACUGGAGUCGAGGAUAUCGAAGAAGAACUCAUUACCACUGAAGAAUAUAAGCUUGAACUCGAGAUUCAGUUACGGAAACUUAGAGCGUAUCGUCAAAUGAACUCACAGACAGACGGUCGUACGAGUGAAAUUACCGAGAAUCAUGUAGCAAUAAGUCAUAUAAGAGCAGACGAUAUGCGGGAUAACUUUACUGACGGAGCAGAAGGUGGAGAGACCGGAAGUCAUGUCAACGUUCAACUUCCGGGAGGAAAUAUUCAGUUUGCUGGUUCACAGAACAGCCUAGGUAACAAUCACUCUUUUAUGUCGGCAAGUUCACAGUAUCAUAGGUUACCUAAACUUUCAUUACCGAAAUUUAAUGGCGACAUUUUAAGCUGGCAGACAUUUUGGGACUCGUUUGAAUCAACUGUUCAUCUCAACUGUAACUUAACGGAUGUGCAAAAAUUUUCAUAUUUGAAGAGUCAGCUUGAAGGAGAGGCGAAUCGGACUAUUGAUGGUUUUGCACUUACAAAUACAAACUAUGCACGUGCGACAGAACUUUUGAAAGAAAGAUAUGGCCAAAAACAUAAAAUAAUACAUGCAACAAUGCAAGCAUUGCUUCAACUACCAGCCCCCAGAAAUACUUUACAUCAUAUUCGUGAAUUCUAUGAUAAAAUGGAGACAUGCAUUCGUGCACUGGAGAGUUUGGGCCAGCAACAAGAAUCUUACGGCGAUUUACUCGUGCCUAUUGUGCUUGACAAACUUCCGGGAGAAAUGAGAAAAAAUCUCGCGAGAGGACACGGUGACAGGAUUUGGUUGUUAUGUGACUUACGUAGAGCUAUUUACAACGAAAUUAAUAUUAUGGAAGCCGGAUCAUACAACUCGAUUCAGCCGGAAGUACAAACUUACGGAUCUACUGCAUCAUUAUUUACUGGGGCAAGAAGUACCAGAAAUUCGAACAGUGCGCAUGUGACAAGAACUGGAAUUAAGUGUUCGUUUUGUGAGGAAUCACAUAGAGCCAGAGAUUGCCGGAAGUAUCCUGAUGUAGCGUCAAAGUUAAAUGUUAUAAAAGAGAAAAAAUUGUGUUUUAAUUGUUUAGGUGAACACCAAGUAUUUACGUGUAAAUCCACUAAGAGAUGCCAGAAUUGUAACAGAAAGCAUCACACAACUAGCUGUAAGUCUGAUAGCGGUCGAAAUUCCAGUGCAAAAAGUUCUACACAGCACACAUCUGAAGCGACAGUGAUGUAUUCUUCCGCGCAUCAAUUUAGAUCCGGGCUAUUGCUUAAGACAGCAAUGGCUGACGUUUGUUACAAAGAUAUAUGUAGCCCAGCAACCAUACUUUUUGACGAAGGAGCACAAAGAAGUUUUAUCACCAAAACUCUAGCAGACGAGCUUCAAUUACAGAGGGAAAAAUCCGAAACGAUCCGAAUAUCUGCAUUUGGGGGCAAAAGUAAUCAGAUGCAACACUUUGACCAAGCUACAGUGUAUCUUGUUACAGACAGAAGACAGAAGAUACCACUGAAAGUACUGAUUGUCCCGACUAUAGCGACACCUAUAGAUAACACACAUAGCUCCGACAUUUCAAGUUUGCCUUACCUUAAACGAUUAAAAUUGGCACAUCCAGUAACGCAUGAUAAAGAGUUCUCUAUUUCCUUGCUAAUCGGAGCCGACUUUUACUGGGAUAUUGUUGAGGACGAGGUUAUACGUGGCACAGGGCCUACUGCCGUAAAAUCGAAAAUCGGAUACCUUCUGUCUGGACCGAUCAAUUCAAGUAAAAGUGGCAGAAGUGUUGAACAGAUUUUGAACGUGAUGGUGUCUCACAUACCAGAGGACAUAUCAAUAGAACGUUUCUGGAGUCUAGAAAAUCUAGGAAUAACAUCAGAUGACACAGACCGGAAGUUAGAAGACGAAAGACAACAGUAUCAUCUGACGUCAAUUGAAUUUAAAGAUGGAAAGUAUACUGCACGGUUACCAUGGAAAACUGAACACCCGGAACUACCUACAAAUUAUGACAUUGUCCUGAAACGCACUGAAAGUACUGUCCGAAGAUUGAGCAGAGAACCCGAUAUGCUAAGAAAAUAUGGAGAUAUCAUUGCAGAACAAGAGAGACGAGGGUUCAUUGAAAGAGUUCAAGAGAAAGAGAUCCAGACGAAAAAGCCCAUCCAUUACAUUCCACAUCACCCUAUAAAGAAAAAUUCCUCAACCACACCUAUUAGAAUUGUAUACGAUUGUAGCUGCCGUAAAACAGCACGCCAUGCCAGCCUGAAUGAUUGCCUACAGUCAACACCCCCAGUCUUAAAUGAACUCACCUCAAUUUUGCUGAGAUUUCGUCUGCAUGCGUAUGCUGUUACAACAGAUAUUGAAAAGGCGUUUUUGCAGGUGGGAUUACAUACAGAUGACCGAGAUAUGACAAGAUUUUUAUGGCUGAAAGAUCCGAAUGACCCCAACAGUGACUUUUCAACUUAUCGUUUUAAAGUUGUGCUUUUUGGUGCAACUUGUUCACCAUUCAUACUCAACGCAACGAUACUAAAACAUUUAGACAAAAAUCCACAUACGACUGUAUCAGAAAUAUUACGUCGAGAUUUAUACGUCGAUAACGUCAUAUCCAGUUUUAAAGAAGAAGAAGAGUGCCUUAAUUACUUUAAAGAAGCACGCACCUUGAUGUCCAAAGCCGGAAUGAAUUUGAGAUCUUGGAACUCCAACAGCAAAAUGUUACAACAAGAAGCCGGCAGAGUAAACAUAUUAGAUACUGACGACGUCACAAAAGUCCUAGGUCUACGUUGGGAGCCGUCAACAGAUGAAGUGACCUAUGUGAAGAGAGAUAUCCCUGUUUCUUCUCAUGUAACAAAGAGAGUGAUAUUGAAAUAUUCAUCUCAGAUAUACGACCCCCUUGGAAUACUAUGCCCAGUUACCGCCCGAGCCAAACUUCUAUUACAAGACAUUUGGAAACAAAUGUACGAGUGGGAUGUACCACUCCCAGAAGAUAUUCAACAGUCAUGGUCAAGCCUAGCGAAAGACUUGAACACUGUUGCCACAUUUAAAUUCCCGAGAAGAUAUUUCUCUGAAACAGGCGAAACCGGAAGUGACAGUCGGACAACCUUGCACAUCUUCGUAGAUGCAAGUAUUAGAUCGUACGGUGCAACGGCGUUCAUCUGUAAAUGUUUAGAGAUGAAAGACAUCAUUAAUUGUGAAAAUUAUUCGAGAUUUUAUAGAGACUUUAGAAUAGCUUACUGA